GGAAGCUGGAUUUGGACCAACUAGUCGUGUCCGGAAUGGCGACCAAACGGUUGGCGCGGCAGCUUGGAUUGAUUAGGAGAAAGUCAGUUGCACCAGGGAAGGGGAAUUUAGGAAGAAGCAAAUCCAAACAAUUGUAUGACUACUUAAUUGUCAUUGAUUUUGAGUCUACAUGCUGGAAUGAUGGGAAGUGCCACAAUAGCCAGGAAAUAAUUGAAUUUCCAGCAGUAUUGCUGAACACAUCAACUGGAGAGAUUGAAUCUGAAUUUCAUGCUUAUGUUCAGCCUCAAGAAUACCCAAUUCUUUCUAAAUUUUGCAUGGAACUGACAGGUAUAAAGCAGGCUCAAGUUGAUGAAGGAGCCCCUCUGAAGAUUUGCUUAUCUCAGUUCUGUAAAUGGAUUCAUAAGAUUCAGCAACAGAAGAAAAUUAUUUUUGCUACUGGGGUUUCCGAUUCUUCUACUUCUGAAGUAAAAUUAUGUGCAUUUGUUACUUGGUCAGAUUGGGACUUGGGGGUUUGCCUGGAGUAUGAGUGUAAAAGAAAACAGCUGUUUAAACCUGUGUUUUUAAAUUAUUGGAUUGAUCUCAGAGCAACUUACAGGCUUUUCUAUAGAAGAAAACCCAAAGGACUAAGUGGUGCUUUGCAAGAAGUAGGAAUAGAAUUCUCUGGACGAGAACAUUCUGGGUUAGAUGAUUCUCGGAAUACCGCUCUUCUUGCUUGGAAAAUGAUCAGGGAUGGUUGCCUAAUGAGAAUUACAAGAACCAUCCACAAGGUUCCUACUAAGAAGAAUUCCAGCAUUUUGAACAGAAAUGUGGAUAUAAAUCAAGCUAAAGAAACAUCUGUCUGCAACAUUAGCAGUGUCCAGUGUCCUAGCAUAAAUGAAAGAGAGACUAAAAAUAGAAUAAAUACUCAUGAAAAAGGUCAGAUGAGCUCAGUUUGUGUGAAUUCUCCUAUAAAGGUACAGCAGGAUCAAUUUCAACUAAAGCAAAAUAUAAAAGCAGACCGUCACAAUGUCAAAAGUUGCUUAUCUCUGUAUAAUACCAGGUACUCUACUUCUCUAGGACAGUUUCAAUCUCCCACCAUGAAUUCACCUGUCUGUAUGCAGAAGCAAAGAGAUGAACAUCUUGCAUUUAAUGCCAAAUCUAAGUCUUCAACAUUGGGGUCCAAAUUGGCACUUGUUUCCACUACUAUUCCAUCUGUUAAUCAUGUUUCUGAUAUGGAAAUGAGUUCUUCCCUUAACUGUUUACCUAUGUUGACUGACUGGGAAGAUGUAGUUUUACUGCCAGCCUCUCAGCCUGAGCAAAAUGGUAUGCCUAUUAGUAAUGACACAAACUUAGACAUUUCAUUUAAUUCUGGAGAAAGAGCAAUGGUUUUAAAAGGAUCAGAAAACUUUGAAGACAUCAAGGAAACUCCUGAAAAAUUUGAGACCUCUAAGUCUAUUGUAUACAAGAGUCUUCAUACUACUAUUUAUAAUGUAAAAGAAGCCAAACAUUCAGGUUCAGAUGUUUCUGCCUUUCAAUCACCUGAACAAAAAUCAUGCACCUUCAGCAGUGUUAAUGUCAAUGCAUCUCAACUGUCAGUUUUGGGGAAACAUUCUCUUCUUUUAGGUGGUACUAAAAGGAAUUCAUCUAGUCCCCUGAUUUUCCCACCAGCAAAAAAACAGACCUUCACUAUUCAUGAAGAAAAGCCUGUGUCAUCUGAUUGCUUCUUAAUGAGAAGUUCUUCCUGCAAAGUUCACCCUUCUAUAUUAACAUCUACAAUUAAUCCACAAGACCCUUGGAAGAAUAGAAAGAUGACACCUCCCUUAUGCAAGUGUGGCCGAAGAUCUAAGAGACUAGUUGUUUCUAAUAAUGGACCAAACCAUGGAAAAGUCUUCUAUUGUUGCCCUAUUGGGAAAUACCAAGAAAACAGAAAAUGUUGUGGCUAUUUUAAAUGGGAACAAACACUUCAAAAAGAAAAAGUCAACAGCAUAGUUCUGUCUCAUUCCACAGAGGAACUCACUUUUAGUUCUCCAGAAACAAGCCAUAUUCGUGACAGAACUUUAAGUUUUUGUACUAAAAAUUCUUUGAAACUCAGACCUUCAAUGAGGAAUUGACUUAAACAUUUUUCUUUAUAUCUAAACUAUGUUUUUACUUUUAGUAUAACUUUUAUGUGACAUCAGGAAAGAUUAAAAAGUAUAGGGUUAUAAGUUAUGGAGAUGUAGCAUAUCCGACUUCUAUAGACUAUACUGAAACAGUUAUGUCACGUAUGUACAUACUGAGAGAAAGUAAAUUUCAUGACUGUUCACUUUCACCAGUUGUUUAACCUUGGUCUUCUGUCUGUUUAUGUAUGAAUACUAAUGGUUCCUUAAAU